CCUAGACAUAUCUCUCAUCAUGGACCGCUUGCCGGUCGAAAUAAAACAACUUAUUGCCGACGUGAUCGGCGAUGUGUCGCCGGAAGCCCAGCGGGCUUUAUCACAGGUGAAUCAUGAGUGGCGCGACGUUGCCGGACCUGGCGUCUAUGGAACCCUCCCUAUCCGCCUGGAGGACGACAAGUCAGGUCAUUGUGACCGUGUGGUUGGGCUUCUGGACGCUACUCUCAUUCUACCGCAUGUGAAACACGUGGUACUAUUGACUAGAGAUACAAGGCGUUCCAGAACAGCAGAGAAGGACGCGAGGCUCUGCCGGUAUCUACGCCAAAGUCCCCCAGAGGAUAUCAUUGUCCCCGAACUGGGUAGAUAUAAGGGGAAUUGGACCCCCAUAAUCCGCCUCGUGCAGCGGCUGACCUCGUUGAAACGGGUUGAUGUCCUGACUCACAGGCAAUGCCCGCCGGAAUUGUUGACUGUUCUGGCCCAGACGCACCCGCACUGCCGCGUCUCGGUAUUCCCUCGUUGCAGCUUCUGCCCAGCAGAGGACCUCUCGCGGGAGAAGUGGGCCCAGUCACCGGUGCUACAUGCGGUUCAGAUUAUUUGCUACGAGAAUCCUCGUGGCCUGAACGUUCACACUGACCAUCCCGAUCGCGCUUUGCGAGAUCUCCUCCGCCAGGCGCCACACAUUAAGCAGCUAUCCUUGCAGAUCAGGCCGAUGAUACCGGGCAGCACGCGCCAGAGCUACACCGAAUGGCUCAAGUCCCGGCCGCCGGAGAGCAGGACUGAUGCCAGCCCUGCGCGCGCGAGGCUGGAAGUCUUGUCGUUACCCUUGACUACCACGUUGACCGGGGACGGCUUCCAAGCGUGGUCCCGGGUGGCCGACCUGGGCUACCUGACUGCGUGGACGGCUGGUGCCCUGGAAGAGGAGAGCGCGUUGGCAGCCAUCACGGACCUGCAGCCCUUCUGCGCCCUUAAGCGUCUCACCAUCUCCCUCCAACCGCCUGCAGACUCUCUACCCUCAUGGCCUCAGAAUAUUCAGGCCAUGUUCGACUCGCUUCCGCCGCUGACGUAUCUCUGCCUUCUGGGCACAUAUGACCCGACGAUUCUCCCCACGGCCGUCCUCGACCGCCAUGGCUCGACUUUAAUCGAGUUGAAGCUGCAUCGCGAGACGCCCCGGUGGCAGCGCGACGAGUCUACCCGACUGGCGCAAAAGGGACAGAUCGCCCCGAUCUUUCCCGCACAUACGAUUCGCCGCAUGGCGGUCCGCUGCCCGAGGCUGAAGACGCUCCGUCUCUGCGUGCAGCGCCACCGGGGCUACCCCGCCGAGACGGAGGCUUACGACGCCCUCGGCCAAUUUCCAGCGCUAGAGACACUAGACCUCGUUCUCAACUGCCUCCCGGUGGUGCAGGGCGACGGGACGCCCUUUCCGCCACGCGAGCUGAAUGAGUACGAGCAGGGACACAACCAGGACCGCGUGCCCAGAUGGAUUGUCCGGGACUGCGCCAUCAACUGCGCGAUCGACGCCCCCCUGGCUGGGGCGAUCUUUAAGCGAAUCCACCCGCGGCCGCGCAGGGGCAGUCUGCGCCUGUUGCGGCUCCACCCGCUCGCAGGCCACCACGGCCAGUAUCGGGUGGCCCCCGGGAUUAGCAACUCUCAGGCUCUCUUUGCGCGCAGGUAUCUCAACUUCCAAAUGUUGGGUAAGUGGCAGGUUACUUGGGAUGGCGGCGGUUGGCUGCGGCCCCGAAACCGUGAGACAAAACGCUGGGAAGGAGGCAGCUCAGCAGUGACGAGCGCGGACCUUGAGAUCUUCGCGUCCAUCUGGCCCUCCGCUCGAAGCACUCAGACCUGGCCGUUGGACUGGCAGAGUUGGCCUUUGCAAUAGGCACGCACUUUGUUUCUUUGCUCUUUGCCUCGAGGAAUCCAUAGUCAAGGCAUUUGGAAGGAUCGAGAAGAUCUUCAACCUGAGGAGUAGCAUCUGUUAAGCCGGUAUAGUAGUGCAUUCAUAUUCCUAGGCUCGAGAUGCCGCUGGCUCAAAGAUUCAUCAUUAACCCCAACAUCGAUCAAUCUCCUGCGUUAAGCCUCCUCCAAGCAACCCCUUUCAUACCUUGUCUGCCAUCUUCUCCGCCUCCGUCCGCAGA